CCCUACUACUAUUUGUUUUUGGACCCUCUCCUUUCUCUCAGGCCUUUUCAGACAGUUUUGUUGGGAAAGAAAUACAGACAGAGAUACAUGGACGAAUGAAGAUGGAAGAGUCCUUCACUGCCAACCAUUGGAAUCCAUAAAUCACAUUGUUUUUGGAAACUUCCAUUGAUUCCAUUUCUCAUGGUUUGGACUUGAUCAGGAUCUGACCCCAUUUGAGUUUCAGAACCAUGCAAAUAGGUCAAACGGAUACAGCAUCAGUGAGAUGUCUUGUCAACAGCAUUUCUCGAUUCAUUCACCUGGUUUCUUGCCAAACAGUGAAAUCUGUGCCCUUUCAGAAGAUCUGUAAUAAUAUGGUUGGGGUAUUAAAGCGCUUGAAGCCGGUGCUUGAUGACGUUACAGAUUACAAAAUUUCUUUAGAUGAAAAUCUAUGUAAAGCGUGUGAACAAUUGGAUUUACGGGUUAAUGAAGCUAGAGAUGUCAUAGAAAAAUGGGGUCCAAAAAUGAGCAAGAUUCACAGUGUUUUGCAAAGUGGGACAUUGUUGAUCAAGUUGCAGAGCACUUCACUUGAUAUUUGUCACAUGAUAGUUAGAUCCUUACCAUCACCACCAUCUGCAUCAGUUUUGGCUAAUCUUCAGCUCUAUAUCCAGGAAGUUCAGUGUCUCAAGAAGGAAACAGCAAUGGUCUAUAUAGAAGAAGCGCUAAGAAAACAAAGAGAUAAUAUGGAACCUUGCCGUGAACAUCUAAAACAAAUUAUUGAGUUACUUAACUUGACUUCAGACCAGGAGCUUUUGAAAGAAUGUAUUGCUGUGGAAAAGGAAAGGUUGAACGCUGAAGUCAAUAAAAUGAAAGGGGACAUGGUAGAAAUUAAUGAAAUCGUAAAUCUUGUCCGCAAUGUAUGUGAUUAUGUCAUGACAACUGAGUGCCCUGUAAUCAAGAGUGGUGUCUCAGUCCCUUCAUACUUCCGCUGUCCAUUAUCUUCGGAACUCAUGCUGGAUCCUGUUAUUGUGGCUUCAGGUCAAACAUAUGAGAGGCAAUCCAUCCAAAAGUGGCUUGAUCAUGGGCUAACUGUUUGUCCCAGGACUCGUCAGACACUUGCUCAUUCAAUUCUUACUCCCAAUUAUACUGUCAAAGCUAUGAUAGCGAAGUGGUGCGAGGAAAAUAAUAUCAAACUUUUCUCUAACUCUGAGCAUAAUAAUUCUGCCCGUAUCACAUCCCCCUCAAAUUGUUUAUUGCCUCAAGAUGGUUUUGGCUCUUCACCAAGCAGCAAUUCAAUUUCAAGAUCAUCUCUUCAAACUGUAAAUUCAUUUGAGAAACAAAAGGGUGAUAACUCUUUCAGAUUACGUGGAGAAUACAAUGGAUGCCAAAGGGAAACAACAGAAAAGUGUGAGCAACAAUCCCCCUAUAUUCAUAGUAGAAGUGAUUCAUUAUCCAGUUCAAUUUCUAGUACUGAUUGUCUGCUUGCAGUUUCAAAAGACGUCUCAGGGAUAUCCAAUAAGCUUCAGAAUGUGUAUGUAUUGUCUGGAGAAAUCAUAAAUGUGUGUCAUGCUUCUCCUGGCCAAAAACAAUCAGGGAUAUCUCCUUGGUUAUCUGGAAAGCAAUUUGAAAUCCCUGGAUCAAAUGUAGGAGCACGGGAGAAUGGAAAUAAUUAUAAUAGUAAUACCAAUGAUAGUCGCGCAAGAGUUGAUUCCCAUCCUGUUUUGAAUUCAGGAUCAGAUGAAUUAACCACCUCAUCUCAUGUCAAUAAAUUGAUUGAAGAACUUCACAGCCAAUCAAUUGAAGCACAAACUACUGCUGCAGAAGAAUUGAGGCUCCUUACAAAGAAUAACAUGGAAAAUCGUAUCAUUGUAGGGAAGUGUGGGGCUGUAACGCCAUUAAUUUCUCUGCUAUAUUCAGACGUGAAGAUAAUACAAGUACAUGCUGUGACAGCUCUGCUGAAUUUGUCAAUUAGUGAAGACAACAAGGCCUUGAUUAUGGAGGCAGGAGCCAUAGAACCUCUUAUCCAUGUUUUGAAGACAGGAAAUGAUGGAGCCAAGGAAAAUUCUGCGGCAGCUCUAUUCAGCCUCUCUGUAAUGGAGAACAAUAAGGCAAAAAUUGGCCGUUCUGGUGCAGUUAAAGCUUUGGUGGAUCUUCUCGCCUCAGGAACUCUCAGAGGAAAGAAGGAUGCUGCUACUGCUUUAUUUAACCUUUCAAUAUUUCACGAGAAUAAAGCUCGCAUAGUUCAAGCUGGAGCUGUGAAAUUUCUGGUCCAGUUAAUGAAUACUGCUGAUGGAAUGGUGGACAAGGCUGUGGCACUUCUGUCAAACCUGUCAACAAUAACCGAGGGCCGAUCAGAAAUUGCUAGGGAAGGUGGCAUCCCCUUACUAGUUGAGAUUAUUGAAUCAGGUUCUCAGAGAGGAAAGGAAAAUGCUGCCUCCAUUCUCUUGCAAUUAUGCCUUCAUAGUUCCAAGUUCUGUACUCUAGUUUUGCAAGAAGGAGCUGUACCUCCGUUAGUUGCGUUAUCUCAAUCUGGUACACCAAGGGCAAAGGAAAAGGCACAACAGCUUCUCAGUCAUUUUCGUAAUCAGCGGGAAGGAGCUACUGGGAAGGGAAAAACAUGAAGAUAGUCAAUUUUAUCAUUCAUUGCCUCUUUUUAUAGCCAAGUAACUUGUGAUAAUCCCAUUCCUCCCUAUUCUAUAUCUUUCAGUUUAGGACACUUUAGGACUCCUUUCAUUGCAUUCUUUUGAUUUUUACAUGUACCAUUUGCAAAGCUGUUUUUAGCUUCUUCCAGUGGCUUGUCAUCUAGUUAUUCUCAAGUUCAAAAUGCGUGCCUCAUUUCUCCCCCUAUUUCUGGGUUAUUUAUUUUACAAUUUUUGAGGGUUUUGAUUUUCUUUCUAAGCAUUACUCGUGUGCUCCCUACUCAAUGCUGUGCAUAUUUUGUACAUAUACUAUAAAUUAUUUGUACUUUAGACUGUUCUUUGA